AUGGCAUCAGGCGAGGCCGGCCAGGGCUCUGGGAACAACCGCGGCAAGAAGGGAAAGAAGGGCGACAGAGGCCGAGGAGAAUGGAGCCGCACCAAGGUAGAUAAGCGGAAGCGCCAUGACGAGUAUAAAGAAUUCAAGCGCCGCAAGAUUAGCGACAUCGACAACCCCAAGGCGAACCCCUUCUCCAAAGAGGAGAUUGAGGCGGAGAGCCGUCGGCCGAAGCGCAAGGUUGCCGUCAUGAUUGGCUACGCUGGAACUGGAUACAAGGGCAUGCAGCUCAACGGCGACGAGGAGACGAUUGAGCGGGAUCUGUUCCAGGCCUUUGUCAAGGCCGGCGCCAUUUCAAAGGCCAAUGCCGACGACCCUCGCAAGUCGAGCUUGGCUCGCUGCGCGCGGACGGACAAGGGCGUGCAUGCUGCGGGCAAUGUCAUCAGCUUGAAGCUGAUUAUCGAAGACGAAGACAUUGUCGACAAGAUCAACGAGGCUCUUCCGCCGCAGAUCCGAGUCUGGGGUAUUCAGAGAACCAACAACAGCUACAACUGCUACCAGUACUGUGAUUCGAGAUGGUACGAGUAUCUCAUGCCGAGCUACUGUCUUCUGCCUCCGCACCCUCAAAGCUUCCUUGGCAAGAAGCUGGUUGAAGUCAACAAGGAGUACGGCGCUGAGGAAGAGACCAACGCAAGGCUGGCUGAUGUCAAGGAUUGGUGGUCGGAAGUGGAGGAGAAGGAUAUCAAACCUAUCCUGGCCGGACUGGACGAAGAGACAAGGGCCGCCGUUUUGGAGAGCCUACAUUCCGAACAAGCCCCCGAAGAAAAUGCAGAUGAAUCCAAAAAGGCUGAGAGCACACAACCAGCUGUUGAGCAGCCGUCAUCAGAAAAUGCCGAACCCGCCACCACAAAUGAAGGCGACAAUGCUACUCCCCAAAGGCCUGCAGUCGUCCUCGAGACGGUUCAGCCCAAGCGCCGCGAGUUGGGUCCCGUGGACUUUGCCCUGCGCGACAUCAAGGCAGCGUACAUUGGCGCUAAGCGUGCCUAUCGCGUGUCUCCCGAGCGCAUCCAGAGGCUGCAGGAAGCCCUCAACCAGUACGUGGGAACCAACAACUUCCACAACUACACCGUGCAAAAGUCGCACGGCGACCCGUCAUCAAAGCGCCAUAUCCGGUCCUUUGUCGUCAACCCGAAGCCCAUCAUCAUCGGCGAUACCGAGUGGCUGUCCCUCAAGGUCCAUGGACAGAGCUUCAUGAUGCACCAGAUCCGAAAGAUGGUCGGCCUGGCGACGCUGAUGGUGCGCUGCGGCACAACGCUGGACCGCAUCAAGGAGAGCUAUGGCCCGCAGAAGAUGGCUAUUCCCAAGAUGCCCGGCCUGGGUCUGCUGCUGGAGCGGCCUGUGUUUGAAAACUACAAUAAGAGAGCAACGGAGACGCUGGGGCGGGAGGAUAUCGACUUUGACAGGUAUGAGGAGAAGCUGGAGGCGUUUAAGCAGGAGCAGAUUUACUCGCGCAUCUUUGGAGUCGAGGAGAAGGAGAAUUCAUUCCACAGCUUCUUUUCACAGAUUGACCAGUUCAGGUCAAAUCACUUCCUGUGGCUCACCGCCGGAGGCAUGAAGGUCGCGACGAUUGACAAGUCGAAUGGAAAGCUGCAGGACGUCGAUAAGCAGCUUGGUGAUGAGGACGAAGAGGAUCCCGAAGGCGGAGAGGGCUAAGGGCCGACGCUGAUGCUGUACAUAGUUAAGACGUGGGUCUAUAGACAGGGUGCUCAUCCCUUGUCCCGGUGGGCUCUAUAAGGCGUUUUGUUUCUUUUUUGAGCAUAUUUUUUUCUUCUCUUUUUUCAGAUUUCAACGUGAUGUUUGUAGUCGACGACGUCUGAUGGUAUCAUUGUCUACAUGCCCCAUGAACUCCACCCAAGCUUCCGUGCAUACCCCAACGCCAGUAAACGCAAAUAUGCCAAUGCAUUAAACAAGCAAAGAUCACCGACCAGCCGUAGCAGCGGGUGCUGUGGAUGUAGCGGCCGCAGCAGAAGUAGCCGCCGCAAUCAUACCCUCCAUUUCUUCCCGCACAAGCGGCUGCCACGUGCCGCCGUUGCUCUCGGCCAGGUUCUUCAUCUUGGAGGCUUCCAUCUGGUUAAGAAGUUCAGACACUCGGUUGACGUCCUGGUCGAGCUG